CUCGGAAGGAAGGGCUUGUGCUUGCUUCAGGAAAUCAGACCUGCUUUUGAACUGGACUUCCCUUGUAAGAACUCUGGUGGCUCUCUUGGCCCUGCAAGCUCCUCGACGUCACAGUACAUGGAAAAAUGCAAGCUUUACCAGACGUGAAAGCGCCAUGUGAGGCCCUUCCUUCCCCCAGCCUGGAGCCCUUCCCACAGAGCUCCAUCGUGGUCACCCUCGAGGACAUGGGGCUCUGGAUGAAGUUUCACCAGAUAGGAACUGAGAUGAUCAUCACCAAAUCUGGCAGACGAAUGUUUCCUCAAUGCAAAAUCAAAGUCUCUGGCUUAAUCCCAUAUGCCAAGUACCUCAUGCUGGUAGAUUUUGUGCCAAUGGAUAACUUCAGGUACAAGUGGAAUAAAGAUCAGUGGGAAGUUGCUGGAAAAGCGGAGCCACAGCUCCCUUGUCGCACCUAUGUCCACCCAGAUUCCCCAGCUCCUGGCAGCCACUGGAUGAAAGAACCUGUUUCCUUCCAAAAACUGAAGCUCACUAACAACACUCUGGAUCAACAUGGGCAUAUCAUCCUGCACUCCAUGCACCGUUACAAGCCACGCUUCCACAUCGUGCAGGCCGAUGACCUCUUCAGCGUCCGCUGGAGCAUCUUCCAGGUGUUCAGCUUCCCUGAGACUGUCUUCACCUCUGUCACUGCCUACCAGAACGAGCAGAUUACAAAGCUCAAGAUUGACAACAAUCCAUUUGCUAAAGGUUUCCGUGAACAUGGGAAGAACACUAGAAGGGAAGGCCGAGCCAAAUGCCAGAAGCCCAGUCCAGCCAAGAGCCAGAAGAGGAAACUGCCUGAGGAAAAGGAGCCUGCUGCUGAGGAACGUGAUUUUGAGAAGGAUGAGAAUGUAGACGUGAAGGAAGAGAGUAACCCUGUGGUGGUGAGCAGUGGCUAUCCCUUCUGGGGCUCGGAGCAGAGCAGCAGCCAGGCCUUCCCUGCGGCCUCGCCAGUGCCUGCUGAGCAGAGAGAGGCUCUGGCCAGAGAGCAGCAGGUGCCAACGCCGUCCUACCACACAUACCGGUUCCACGAAGCUGGGGACAACCAGCAGCUUCCCAGCCGUGACACCGCGACCUUGAACGAUUUCCGGGCAAGGUGCCACGCCUUGGAUCUCGCCAUGGUGCCCGAGCACGACUCCAAACAACUCCCAGAGGGCUUCACCAACCUGCCCCCACUGCCCCCACCUCUGCCUCCUCCCCAGGACUACACAGGAGUGGUGAACAUGGCUCUGGACUCUGUGGGGAAAGCCGGGGCCCGGGCGCCCGUGUACAGUCCCUAUGGCACCGAGCAGGGCCUGGGGCAGUGGGUGGUGCCUUCCCACAGCCAGUACAGGGCAAUGAGCUACUCGGCCUUCUCCACGGAGUACAACACACAGGGGACUCCAGGACAUGCCCACGGCACCGUGGCAGAGUGGAGCCAAUACCCUCUGUUCCCCUACGCCUGCUGGUGAAUGGGGAGGACCCUUCCCAGUGAAAAAACUGAAAGAAAAUUGUAAAUGAGAUUGAAUUUACUGUUGAACUUGUGAAGCUUUGCCUACACUAGGCAGAGGUAUUGCUGCAAGCAGUAGCAUGGGACACCUUCACUUGUCUCCUUGCACAAUCCUCACCAUAUUUCACAAGCAGUGGUUGAACUGGUGGCUGCCCAGCCAUGUCACUGUGCAUCAGGCUCAAUGUGUUCUGCAGUGUUUUUUUUUCCCAGCAGGAG